CCUGAAACACUAGGAAGGAGUUAAAUGACAAGGGAGCUAGUAUAUAUAGAGAGAGAAACUUGAGCAGCAUCUCUGAUCCAGAGACCAAUACAAAGUGAAGCAGCAUAAGCAUACUUGAGUCUAGAGGGAGCGAGAAAGGAAGGUGUAUGUUGUUGCCUAUUUCACAUUAGCUACCACCAAUCAAAGUUAUAUUAUCAGAGAAGAGGAGAGAUAAGGUUGGCAAAGGUCUCGGUCUUCACAUCUCGCUCUUCACACAAUUGAUACAAUUUUUGGUGGAAAAAGAGACACAGAUAGUACAAGGGGCUGGCGAUGGAUGCGAUAGCUCAUGUACCGGGUGUUUCUGAAAUUGCUAAUUAUGUGAUUACAUUUAUUAAGGGUCAAAUUGGGUACAUAUCCUCCUACGAUGAAAACCUUGAAAAGCUUAUAACCGAGGCUCAAACUCUGAAGGAUACUCAAGACGGUGUGCAACACCGGGUUGUUGAGGCUGAAAGGCAUGGAGACAAGAUUGAAAAUAUUGUACAGAACUGGCUGAAGAAAGCAAAUGAAAUGGUUGCUGCGGCAAAUAAAGUUAUUGAUGUUGAAGGAACUAGAUGGUGUCUGGGACAUUAUUGUCCCUAUCUGUGGACAAGAUGUCAGCUGAGCAAGAGUUUUGAAAAAAUUACAAAAGAGAUUUCAGAUGUCAUAGAGAAAGGAAAAUUUGAUACAAUUUCUUACCGUGAUGCCCCUGAUCUCACAAUUACACCAUUUUCUAGAGGUUAUGAAGCACUGGAGUCCAGAACAUCAAUGCUGAGUGAGAUUAAGGAAAUUCUUAAGGAUCCUAAAAUGUACAUGAUUGGGGUGCAUGGGAUGGGUGGCGUGGGUAAAACAACUCUUGUGAAUGAGUUAGCUUGGCAAGUGAAGAAUGAUGGCUCGUUUGGUGCUGUGGCUAUUGCGACCAUAACCAGUUCUCCAAAUGUGGAAAAUGUCCAAGACCAAAUUGUUGUAGCUAUAUGUGGUAAAAAUCUUGAACACACGACAAAAGUAGGAAGAAUGGGAGAAUUGCGUCGAAGGAUAAAAGCACAGAACAAUGUUCUCAUUAUUCUUGAUGACAUUUGGAGUGAACUUGAUUUGACAGAAGUGGGAAUUCCUUUUGGUGAUGAACACAAUGGUUGCAAAUUGGUAAUAACUUCCAGAGAACGUGAAGUGCUGAUAAAGAUGGACACUCAAAAAGAUUUUAAUCUUACAGCUUUACUGGAGGAAGAUAGUUGGAAUUUGUUCCAGAAAAUAGCAGGUAAUGUUGUUAAUGAAGUUAGUAUAAAACCAAUUGCAGAAGAAGUGGCAAAAUGUUGUGCUGGUUUGCCUCUUUUGAUCACAGCCGUGGCAAAGGGUUUGAGAAAAAAGGAAGUCCAUGCUUGGAGGGUUGCCCUAAAACAACUAAAGGAAUUUAAGCAUAAAGAGUUGGAGAAUAAUGUCUACCCUGCUUUGAAGUUAAGUUAUGAUUUUUUAGAUACAGAGGAAUUGAAGUCACUAUUCUUAUUCAUUGGUUCAUUUGGACUAAAUCAUAUCCUCACUGAAGAUUUGUUUAGAUGUUGUUGGGGGUUGGGCUUUUAUGGUGGCGUGGACAAAUUGAUGGAGGCAAGAGACACACAUUACACAUUAAUAAAUGAGCUUAGGGCCUCUUCAUUAUUGCUUGAAGGUGAACUUGAUUGGGUUGGAAUGCAUGAUGUUGUACGUGACGUGGCUAAAUCAAUUGCAUCUAAGUCUCCUCCGAUCGAUCCGACCUAUCCCACCUAUGCAGAUCAGUUUGGCAAGUGUCAUUAUAUUAGAUUUCAGUCUUCUUUGACUGAAGUCCAAGCUGAUAACUUAUUCUCUGGGAUGAUGAAAGAAGUGAUGACUUUGAGUUUAUAUGAAAUGUCCUUCACCCCUUUCCUACCCCCUUCUCUCAAUCUCUUGAUUAAGCUUCGCUCAUUGAAUCUAAGAAGAUGUAAAUUGGGAGACAUAAGGAUGGUGGCAAAACUCUCAAAUUUAGAAAUUCUUUCCUUGGAGAAGUCUAGUAUUGAAGAGCUCCCAGAAGAAAUAACACAUCUGACUCAUCUUCGUUUGCUAAAUUUAACAGACUGCUAUGAACUAAGAGUCAUUCCUACAAAUCUUACAUCAAAUUUGACGUGCUUAGAAGAAUUGUACAUGGGGGGUUGCAAUAGUAUUGAAUGGGAAGUUGAAGGAAGCAGAAGUGAAAGCAAGAACGCUAGUUUAAGUGAGUUACAGAAUUUGCAUAAUUUGACAACUUUGGAGAUAUCAAUCAAAGAUACUUCGGUUUUGUCAAGGGGCUUCCAGUUCCCUGCAAAGCUCGAAACAUACAACAUAUUGAUUGGUAAUAUUUCAGAAUGGGGUCGGUCUCAAAAUUGGUAUGGUGAAGCUCUAGGACCCUCAAGAACGCUUAAGCUCACGGGCUCUUCGUGGACGAGCAUAUCGUCGUUGACCACAGUUGAGGACUUGAGGCUUGCUGAAUUAAAAGGGGUUAAGGAUUUGCUGUAUGAUUUGGAUGUGGAAGGUUUUCCUCAAUUAAAGCAUCUGCAUAUUCAUGGUAGUGAUGAAUUGUUGCACAUCAUUAACUCAAGAAGGUUAAGGAAUCCCCAUUCAUCCGCAUUCCCCAAUUUGAAGUCUUUGCUUCUUUACAAUCUAUAUACAAUGGAAGAAAUAUGUCAUGGUCCAAUUCCAACACUGUCUUUUGCAAAGCUUGAAGUUAUUAAAGUUAGAAAUUGUCAUGGAUUGGAUAAUUUACUUUUGUAUUCCCUCGCAAGAAACCUUUCUCAACUUCAUGAGAUGGAAAUUAAUAAUUGCAGAUGUAUGAAAGAGAUCAUUGCUAUGGAAGAACAUGAGGAUGAGAAAGAGCUUCUUGAGAUUGUUCUACCUGAAUUGCGUUCUCUCGCAUUAGUUGAAUUAACUAGGCUUCAGAGUUUCUGUUUGCCUCUUACAGUCGAUAUGGGUGAUCCAUCCAUUCAAGGAAUUCCUCUAGCACUGUUUAAUCAACAGGUGGUGACCCCUAAACUUGAAACAUUGGAGUUGUAUGACAUGGAUAUUUGCAAGAUAUGGGAUGAUAAACUUCCACUUCAUUCUUGCUUUCAAAACUUGACACAUUUAAUAGUUGGCAGAUGUAAUAGUUUAACAAGUUUAUUCGCAUCCUGGAUGGGAAGAGGAUUGGUCAAACUACAAUAUCUUACUAUUUACUGUUGUCAAAUGUUGAAAGCCAUAUUCGUCCAAGAGGAUCAAUUUCCAAACUCGGAGACAGUGGAAAUCAGCAUCAUGAAUGAUUGGAAAUCAAUACGGCCUAAUCAAGAGCCUCCAAAUUCCUUCCAUCACAAUCUGAAGAUUAACAUUUAUGACUGUGAAAGCAUGGAUUUUGUCUUUCCCGUAUCCGCGGCUAAAGAGCUUCGGCAGCACCAAUUUCUUGAAAUAAGAUCAUGUGGCAUAAAGAAUAUUUUUGAAAAAAGUGAUAUUACUUGUGAUAUGACCCAUGUUUACCUUGAAAAAAUAACUGUAGAGAAGUGUCCAGGCAUGAAGACCAUAAUUCCAUCCUUUGUGCUAUUUCAGUGUUUAGAUAAAUUGAUUGUGUCCAGUUGUCAUACACUGGUCAAUAUUAUAAGGCCAUCAACAACCACAAGUUUACCAAACCUCCGCAUUUUAAGGAUAAGUGAAUGUGAUGAGCUAGAGGAAAUUUAUGGAAGCAAUAAUGAGAGUGAUGAUGCACCAUUGGGCGAGAUUGCUUUUAGGAAAUUGGAGGAAUUGACAUUGAAAUACUUACCGAGGCUCACAAGCUUUUGCCAGGGAAGUUACGAUUUCAGGUUUCCAUCACUACAAAUUGUAAGUAUUGAAGAAUGUCCAGUGAUGGACACUUUUUGUCAGGGAAACAUAACCACACCAAGCCUCACAAAGGUGGAAUAUAGAUUGAGUAGAGAUAAUUGGUGUAGGAUUGAAGAUCAUUGGUAUGGCGACCUUAAUACUACUGUUAGAACAGUUUUCACUAAAAAGUAUCUAUAUGAUGACUGGGAGACGCUAGAUAUCAGAAACAACAAUAAUUUGAAGUCCAUAUGGCCUAAUCAAGUGACUCCAGAUUUCUUUCCAAACCUGACGAAAAUUGUCAUUUAUCUCUGUGAAAGCCAGUAUGUCUUUCCCAUCUACGUGGCUAAAGUGCUUCGGCAGCUCCAAGUUCUUGAAAUAGGCUUGUGUACCAUAGAGAAUAUUGUGGAAGAAAGUGAUAGUACUUGUGAAAUGAUGGUUGUUUAUCUUGAAGUACGGAAGUGUCAUGAUAUGAUGACCAUAGUCCCAUCCUCUGUUCAGUUUCAUUCUUUAGAUGAAUUGCAUGUGUCCAGGUGUCAUGGACUAGUAAAUAUUAUAAUGCCAUCAACAAUCGCAAACUUACCAAAUCUCCGCAUUUUAAUGAUAAGUGAAUGUGAUGAGCUAGAGGAAGUUUAUGGAAGCAAUAAUGAGAGUGAUGAACCACUGGGCGAGAUUGCUUUUAUGAAAUUGGAGGAAUUGACAUUGAAAUACUUACCGUGGCUCAAAAGCUUUUGCCAGGGAAGUUACAACUUCAAGUUUCCAUCAUUACAAAAGGUACAUUUGAAAGACUGUCCCAUGAUGGAGACUUUCUGUCAUGGAAACUUAACCACAACAAGCCACAUUGAGGUGCGAUGCCUAUAUGGAUGGAGUAAUGAAGAAUCAGAAGAUCAUUGGGAUGGUGACCUUAAUACUACUAUUAGAACAAUUUUCACUAAAGAGAAUACAAAAUAAGAUUUGAAUUCAUCAUCAGAAUCAGACGACAGCUGAAUGUGUCUAUCAUUAAGACACUGAGCUUUAGGUAUUUAGGUACUGGUUUUGAUUUGAAUUUGACACAUCCGACACUUGCCUUUUGGCCAGCGAGUCCUUGCCAAUAAAUUAACAUGCUUUGGUCUCUUCCAUGCUUGUCAUCAAUAACAACACUUGUCAUCCGACACUUUCCUUUUUGUAUUUAAAUAUUGAACUUUAUGUAACAAUAUGUGAUGUGAAAUUUAUUUUUCUUAUCCUGUUGUUACUCUGAAUAUGUAACAUCCAUAAAGAAAUCACUUGUUAUAUGAACAAAUUAUAUUGUUUAUAGAAUCAUAACUUCAAAAUAUGAGGUUGCUACUUAGUUGGGUUAAGCAUGUGAAGUCACGAAGCCCAAGUCACAUUUGAUUGUGUAGCCACUUAGCAAUUCUUCAAUCAUUGUCAAAUAUGAAAUCUUGGUGAAUUCCAUCACCACAUUAAUUUUCAUGAAUGUGAUUGUGUCCAUUGUGUUUAA